CUAGCUCAUACCAUAGACUUGCCUCAUCAGAUCUCUUUGACUGUGGUUGAACCUGGUGAUGAUUUUAAUCUGACAUGUAAAGCGGUUACAGGGCCUAAAACCUGGUUGAUUUACUGGUACAAACUGAAGUUUGGAUACAUGGUCCAAACGGUUGCUGCAGGGAGUUUUCAAAACUAUAAACUUGAGGAACAAUUUAAAAACUCUAGAUUUGGGGUCAUAUACACAGAUUCUCUUUAUGUUUUCAACAUCAGAAAUGUGAGCAAAGAAGAUGAGGCAAUGUAUUUCUGUCAAGCUGGAACAGCAUAUGAACGAACAGUUCUGAAUGGCACUCUCUUAGCUGUGAAUGAUCAUAAAAAUCACCAGAAACCAGUCUACAUCAAACAAAGCCCAGAGAGGCAGUCUGUCCAGAUGGGCGACUCAGUGAGUCUCCAGUGUUCCCUUCUCUCCAAGCAUAAAGAAACCAGGGAGCAGUGUCCUGGUGAGCACAGUGUGUACUGGCUCAGAGCUGGAGCAGGAGAAUCCCAUCCAGCUGUUAUUUAUACUCACAGUGACAAAGGUGAUGAGGAAAAGAGUUGUGUCUACAGCUUUUCUAAAACUAUAGAGAGCUCGUCUGAUGCUGGGACGUACUACUGCGCUGUGGUCACGUGUGGACAGAUCCUGUUUGGUGAAGGAACGACUCUGGACACAAAAAUCUGUGGACAAGACUGGAGCCCAGUACUCGUAGUCCUUGGGACACUGUUGGCCCUCUGUGUGAUUGUGAUUGCCGUCCUUCUUUUCUCAUCAGGCUGAAGGAUGGCGAUAGAGAGGCCCCAAAACAACUCUAAUGGACUUCUCUACAAAAGAAACAUGGAGAGGACAGUGA